UCAUUGCAUCUUUGCUUCUUCAAAACAGCUGACAGCUAAAAACAAAUAUUUCGUGAUUUUUGUAAAUAUUGCUAACGUUUUAAUAUGGAGGAGCAAGAGGAUCGAGAAAAGCUCUACGAAGAAGCCCACAAGAAAGUAAAACUGGGCGAGGAGCUGAAGAAAGCGCUGAAAGACUUCGAAGAUUUGCCUGGUGUCAGCAAAGUACAGCGAAAAAUUCAGCAAGAGCUCAAAUUUCUAAAUAAGGUGAUUACUACAAGGUCCGUAAAGGAACACCACAUAACCAGCAGUAACUUUGUUUACUACGAUUUUCUCAUUAAAACUCUGCGUUUGCAACAAGGAGUAGUCGACAUCAAUGCCGUAUUCCGCCUGGAGUCUAGGGAUAGUCCCCUGAGAGUCGACAUCGUGGCCAACAAUGGACUCAAGUGGGUGAAGGUGAUAGCCAGGAACUCGAAGUCCGUCGAGGACGCGGCCAGGGGAUGUGUCAGCAUCGGAGCCCGAAGUGUCAUCGACCAGGCGGAGGAUUAUCUGGAGGCCAGCGAACUUAGUUUCUGCAUGUUCCAGAGGCCGAAGAUAGUAUUCUACUUCUCCAACAAAAUCGAGGACUCCCUGCAUGAAGAGCUAAUGGAAAUGGGCGUACAAACUGCUUCCCUGGACUCACCAGACACCGACUUGGAUAUGUACGCCACGACGUCGAACGAACUGAAUCUAGAUGUGACCACAUUGCUGGCCUACGUUAGUGCGCUCACCAACGGAUCCGCCAAUUGGGUCUACAAGGAACCUCUGCUCACCGAACAGGCGGAAAGGGAAAGAGCCUCGCCGCUAAAACCGCUCCUCGAGAAAAUCCUAGAGGGAAAAACCUUGGUCUGCUGCCAGUUAGCCUACGAUGCCUUCCAGAGUAUUUUGGAUAUUGUAGGCGGCGAGGGCGAACGGAAGCGAGCCGAGGAACUGAUGAAACGGGUCACCGUUUAUCCGGAUGUGGAAACAAUACCCGAAGAAUUCUCCCACAUACGUUUCACUGCCAACGUAAACGAGCGAAGUCUGAAAAUCUUUAGUUUCGGCAUGGCCAGGCAAAUUUUCACUGUGACUUCGAAUAAGGCCUUUGUGAGAUCAGCUAAGAUGCAGGGUAUCAAUGUGCCUGUUUUUGUACACGCUUCAGUUGCACUUACCGAAGGUAAGCAGGCAACAGGAAGACCGCUUUAAAAACCAAUAAGCGUUAAGGCUAUUCAAAUAAAUUUUAUGUGAUUUUUUUUC